GAUAUCUUCACCUCAGGUCGGCUGGCGGGCCCAGGCGCACCUCACCAAUGGCAGCGCGCUUCGUGGUUGCGCAAGUUUGCGCCCCCGCUCUGAUCCCGCCCACUGUUUCAGGCCGGGGUUGCUCAGGAACAAAACACGGUGAGCGGCCCACUCUGCUUACGCCUCUCCACUGCGCUCCCCACGACACAGGCGUGAUAGACGCCGGGAUAUUGAUCGCUGUCCUCUCUCGCACGCCGUCGUCUCUAGCCCGUCCGCAACCAGACCACCGUCUGAGGCGCCGCGACGCUAGGCUCCCGCUGGCCGCCGGGCUGGCGCAGGAGCCCCAUCCGAGCGUGCCACGAGCUGCGCAAAAUAUCGCUGCCCACACGGUGUAGCCUCGCCAGCAGACGCCGUGCAAGUGUCGUGCAGCUGGACGAGGAGCUGAGCGGGGGAUCUAGCCACGAUAGGAAACUGGAGCCUUCAACAACAUUCGCGAGCAUGCGGUGCCACGCUGCCGUAAAACCAUGGGUAUCUAAAUAGAAUCCUACUACUCGAAUACGCUCUCUCCAGCCUUCGUGGCUUCACCAUCGGUAGAGUGCUGCGCAGAGCACUAGCGACUAGCACCGGCCUGAACGACGAAUCCCUGCUAGCCUGGUUG